ACUGGAAGGCGGUCGUUCCGAGACAAGCUGAUGAUGUUGACAAAGUUGGUUUUACCUUUGAGGAUGGACUCGGAGCUCUCCGCCCGGGUGACUGUCGAAGAUCCCGGAGAUGAGUUUCUUUCCAUCCAACGUCCAUGCCAAGCUCCAAACCCAUAUUUGAGCGUUAUGAGCAUGUUUGCAUCCCUGAUUUUUACACUGUUGUUAUAACGCGUCCCCAUCGCAAUUUUGUUGACUCGGGUACCAUGAGAAUAUCACCGCCCACACGUAGUACUGGUGGCCGUUCUUGAAUUCCAUGCCAUUAUGUGUCCCGUCUCUGAAUCGAUCCACUCACGGCUCGCUCACCAUUUGGACUCCAGCACAUUGACCACACAAUCUAAGUGUGCCCUUUCCAGACUUGACGUCCCACAACCUCCCAUCAUCGCUUCUGCUUCACCCUGUCCAUCUCAAAAGUGGGGGAAGACAAGGUCGGCGGUACCAAUAUCAAUGACGGCAGAUCGUGAACUAUGGAAGUCUGUCGGGAUCUUUGAAUUAAAACGGGUUAUUUGGCGAUUAUUGGUCAGUCGACGAGCAUACUUCGGUCAAUACAGGCGCGCCAGGCAUUGCGAGUUAUAUAUGAGACAGCUUGCUUACAGGAUAUUAAUUCUGACCGAGGAUGACUUUGGACUGUGUAUGCUGAUGCUCUUGGAGAUUCGCAGGAAAUCCUUGCUGGGAUCCUCUGUUACACGAGGUCAACAUCCCCUGGUAGAAAAUUGCAAAGUAUUACUCACGAGAGCUACUAACGUCAACACGUGCCGACGCCGAUGCACCGAUGAGAGGGACAGGCUGUACACUGGGAUUUUAGUUCGGAGGAAGUUGGGCACAUGCUCGGAAUCAGUAUUACCCGGAUCCUAUCGGAGUCCAAAUCGGAGUCAACUCUAUCAGACCAGCCACGAGUUCCACAGCGUCCAAGCUCCAUAUCCACGCUGAUUUAUCUAACCCGUUCGCCAGUAGCGUGCUGCCCGCAGAGAUAUGUAUGCAGCUCACCUCUAGCGAGUGGUCUCUAAAUACUUUCACGGUCCUCGUCUCAGGCUUCCAAAGCUCUGCAGAUCCGGACAAUCACAGCAGCAUCGACCAUCCGUCGAUAUUGCCACUGCCGUAUUUCUGCCCUGCAGACAUCCCACACUUACUCAAACUCUUUACCCGCCUAUAAGCGUAAUCGGGGCCUGAUCAUUUGCUGGCCAUUGGGGAAGAUAUGGCUGUAAUACCUG